GUGGACAAUCCUAAACUUCUCACUGGCUACGAUUCAGAUGACGUUUUAGGGAAAAUAAACAACAUUUCCCAGGAGUCGAUCCGAUUUCCCGGCAAAUUUUACACGUGCCGCGAUUCAUUCGAAAUCCCGACUCAGACUGAGGAGAAAUAUUGACCAUGUCCCAGGAGAAGCCAGAUGCUGGCAGCCAGACACAGUCGCAGCCUCAGACUCAGUCCCAGACUCAGUCCCAGAGUGGCUCCAGCUCCUCCUCUGGGUCAGGCACUGUCAGCUCAGUGGACACCAUCCCUGUUCGGGACCUUGGCUCCAUACCAGAGGAGCCUGAGCCACAGCCAUGGGGUCGCCUGCUGCCUAUGCAGAGAGGCUUCAGAGCCCACGACUGUGUUGAGGACGACACUUGGUUUGGCCGGGACAGUAAAUGUAACUAUUGCUUUGAUGACCCCAUACUGAAGAAAUCGCCCAGAUUUGCUACGUACAGCAAAAAACACUUCCGAAUAUUCCGAGAGCAGAACAUUGUCUAUGUCUUUGACAACAGCGGCAAUGGCACGUUUGUUGACGGUACAAUUCUUGGGAAAGGAAAAACUUUGCCUCUAGCAAACAAUGCGGUGCUGUCCCUAGCUGAGGAACGCCAUAAAGUGUUUGUGUUCAUUGAUCUCAUGGCGGAUGAACAGUCCAACCUCCCCAAAGAGUUCAGUGAGAAAUACCUGAUUACCAGAAAGAUUGGAGCUGGUGUGUGUGGGGAAGUGAAGCUGGCCUUUGAGAGGGCCACUUGCAAAAAGGUGGCUGUGAAGACCAUCAACAAGAAGGACUUCCCUGCAUCUGUCGGCACUGCCACACGAAAUGCGGAACGAGAGAUCCAGAUCCUCCAAAGGAUAGACCAUCCAUGUCUGAUCAAAACAGAAGACUUCUUCCAAACAGACGACUCAUACUACAUUGUUUUAGAGCUCAUGGAGGGUGGGGAACUCUUUGACAGGGUCAAAAGCAAGAACCAGAUAGAGGAGUCAAUUGCCAAGCUCUAUUUCUACCAGAUGUUGAAAGCAGUAGAGUAUCUUCACAACAAUGGCAUCAUCCACAGAGACCUCAAACCUGAAAAUGUGCUGCUUUCGUCUCAGGAUGAUGUUUGUGUCAUCAAGAUCACCGACUUUAAUCAGUCCAAGAUACUGGAGGAGUCUGCCCUGAUGAGGACCCUUUGUGGAACACCCACAUACCUUGCACCUGAGGUGUUCACCGACGCAGUCACCGUGGGCUACAGCAGAGCCGUAGACGCCUGGAGUUUAGGGGUCGUCCUGUUUGUGUGCUUGGCAGGCUAUCCCCCGUUCCACCCUAAUGCACAAACUGGUUUGUCAGUCAGGGAUCAGAUCACGCAGGGAAUUUAUACAUUUAUUCCAUCCAAAUGGGACGGCAUCUCGGAUGAUGCGAAAGACGUCGUGAAGAAGCUGCUUGUAGUGGACCCCAAUGCCCGCCUCACCAUUGAGGAGGCUUUACACCAUCCCUGGCUGAUGGAUGAGGCCAUGAAGGAGACUGCUGAAUGCAUCAUGUACCCCAAGGACUCCGGAGAUGCCACAGCAGCUGAUGCCACAGCAGACUCCGUAGACACCACAGUAGCUUCAACUACAAAGAGGUCAAGAGAAGAUGAUGACGAGCAGCAGCCGGCAAAGAGGAGACCAGGCCCAUCCACAGAGGCAACAUGAGUCACAUUUCAUCCUCCUCACCAAAUUGGAGACCCCCCACCCCCCCCAGGUAGUUUUCCACCGGCAAUUUGGCCCCCUGGAAAUCUACCGGUAUAUUGUAUUUUAUCACACUUCUAUAGCUACAUUUCCAUUAACUUGUCAAAUGAUUUUAGAACGUUCAAAUAGAAAAAUAGAUGCGACAAAACAACAAACCGUUUAUAAUAACAAUUAAGUGGUUGAAGUGUUUCCAUUAAUAAAUUGGCCACAGCCUGUAUUCCCUCCCACCUAUAUGUUUUAUGUCUCAGGUAGCCUGCAAAAGUCAGCAUGGAUAGAAUGCAAGAAUUGCCAUAUUUUAAUCAUUCUCAUGUGCCAACAUAUCACCAUGGUGAAACUUUCAUCCAGCUAACCAGAAUAGCAAGGCGAAGCAAUUCAGGCUUUCUUGAAAGUACAGACAAUUGUCCUGCAAAGAAAUAUUAUUUUUAUAGUUGAAAAACAGAUUGAGCAAGCAGUAGGCAUUUCGAAUUAAAUGUGAAGUGGAGCUUCCAAAUUCAGCAAUCGUCAUUUAUUCGAAAAAUAACUUUUCCAUCAAGUUCGAGAAACGUCAAAUCCACCCUUCGAAACAGAUAAAAAUGUUGAUCUUUAGAAGAUGUCAUCUAUAGCUGCCGUUUCCAUUACAUCAUGGUGCAAUCAUCUGAAAUGUACUUGAUUAACGUUACUAUACACUGAACAAAAAUAUAAACGCAACCAUUUGAUUUUACUGAGUUAUAGUUCAUAUAAGGAAAUCAGUCAAUUGAAAUGAGGUUCUAAUCUAUGGAUUUCACAUGACUGGGAAUAGAGGUUGGUCACAGAUACCUUUAGAAAUAUGGACCUCGUCAGUGUGUCUGUGCAUUCAAAUUGCUAUCAAUACAAUUUUAUUUUUUUUGUUGUCCGUAGCUUAUGUCUGCACAUACCAUAACCCCACCGCCACCAUGGGGCACUGUUCACAACUGCUCGCCCAGACGACGCCAUACACGUGGUCUGCGGUUGUGAGGCCGGUUGGACGUACUGCUAAAUUGUCUAAAACGGAGGUGGCUUUUGGUAGAGAAAUUCAUAUUCAAUUCUCUGGCAACAGCUCUGGUAUACAUUCCUGCAGUCACCAUGCUAAUUGCGCGCUCCCUCAACGGCAUUGUGUUGUGUGACAAAACUGCACAUUUUGGAGUGGCCUUUUAUUGUCCCCAGAACAAGGUACACCUGUGUAAUGAUCAUGCUGUUUAAUCAGCUUCUUGAUAUGCCACAACUGUCAGGUGGAUGGAUUAUCAACACAUUUGAGGGAAAUAUUUUUGUGCGUAUGGAACAUUUCUGGGAUCUUUUAUUUCAGCUCAUGAAACAUGGGACCAACACUUUACAUGUUGCGUUUAUAUUUUUGUUCAGUGUACAUGUUGAUUUCCAACUUGUGGGCACAUACUGAGCAAUGUCUACUGGAAAUGUCCUCCUGUUUUGUAAAUAAUUGUCUUUGUACAGCUACUGUUGAAUAAACAAACAUUUUCCACUG